CCCGUUGUUACCUUGAAAAUGGAUGAGUUAUACACCAGAUGCUGUCAUUUGAGAGAAAUCUUGCCAAUCCCAGCUACUUUGAAACAAAUUCCUAAAGGUUCCAUAGACCCAAUACCAUAUAUUCAUCUGAGAAAUCCAAGGCCCUCUAUGAUUGAGAUUUUGUCAUUCACUGAUUUCAUAAGAAUUGCACCUGUCAUAUGUGUGUCCUUGGAUGGUGUCUCUCUAACACGUGAGAUGUUUAGAAUCCUGCUAUCUUCGUUGUUAUACAAAAGAUACUUGGAGAAAUUAUCUUUACGUAACACCCCCAUUGAUGAGGAAGGUUGGAAGAUGCUAUGCUUGUUCUUGUCCAUGAAUAAGGCACUGAAAAAACUGGAUAUCACCCAAUGCCCUUCUUUGGAUGUGAACACCCAAAGAAUAAAAAAGAAAUCGAAGUUAGCAGCUGAAAACAGAAUGACUUGCAAUGUCAAUGAUAGGUCUGAUAAAAAUUGGGCAUUGUUAACAGCAUCUUUGAUUUAUAGGGGAGGAAUCGACGAGGUAAUUUUGACAGGAUGCAAGAUUCCAGACCUACAACUCUUCUCCAAUUUCUUGAAUUUGGCACUAGUCAAAACAACCAGAAUUGGUUUGGCAUACAACGAAUUGAGCUUACAACAUUGCUUUGUGGUUGCACGUUGGCUUAGAUCUAACCCUUCAGUCAUAGGUAUCGACUUGGCAUACAACGAUCUCUCCUCUAAAUUGAAGCCAUUCAUUGAAUAUGCAAACGAAAUGGACAGUGAAAACAAUUUGAUGAUGUUAAGUUUGAAUUCUUGUAACUUGAUAGAUUGUCAAGAAACUCGUACUUUCUUUAAUGUUCUAUCAAAAAUACCACAUUUGACAUAUUUGGACGUCUCGGGUAACUCUAAAUUGAUGAAGACCUUUUUGAGCAAACUUUCCAUCUACCUCCCAUUGUUAACCAACUUGGGAAGGCUUAACAUAGAUAACAACCAACUCGACGAAACUUUAAUGAUCAGGUUUUUAGAAUCCAUUCCUUUGGUCCCAAAUUUGAAUUACCUUUCUAUAACCGGAAACGAGAUGAAUGAGACUGUUUCAGAGGCAUUGUGCAAAGCUUUGAGGAAUUCUAAAACCCUAUAUUCUGUUAACAUCGACGAAGACAAGGUCGAUGCUGACCAUCAAGAAAAAAUUGGCUUGUUAACAAUGAGAAAUGUUGAAAGACAAUUGUACAAGAGGAAAGGUGAAUAUAAAGAAAUCAGGAAAAGUCUUGGUUUAGCAGAAGGUCAGAGCUUUACUGAGACCUUAUCUGAGUUGAUUAAAUCCAACGAUGUUGAUGAGGAAACGUUAGAAAAGUUUUUGGCUAUUGUAAACAAAGUCCGUGGAGACAUGAAACAAGUCAUCCAAGAUUUGAUUAACACGAACUUGAAGAAUGAGUUGAGUCUUCAAGGUAAGGAGAUGUUGAUCAGAUUGAUGUCUAUGAGCGCGUCGAUUGAUAAAGCCCUAGAACUGAUCAACAACAAGAAGUUAAACAGUUUGAAA